UCAUCUUCACAACCACAGUUUUCUCUCUCUAAAAACAAGCUUUCAGAACAUCAUCAAUGGCGGUAAGCAACCGGAUAACAUCAAUUCUAAACAUAACAUCAAUGUUAUCCUCCUUUCCCAUCAUAAUCUCCGGCAUCUGGGUCGCUUCAAAACCCGACAACGAAUGCAUUCAUUGGCUCCGUUUUCCAAUCCUCUUCUUCGGCAUAUCAAUCUUCAUCAUUUCCUUAAUUGGGUUCAUCGGAGCUCACAAAAACAAACAAGGCCUUAUUGCUAUUUACCUAAUUUUCAUGGCAUUCAUUAUCUCUGCACUAAUCUUACUUCUAGUUCUUGCUUUCAUUGUUACUCGACCCUCUGGAGCUUAUGUGGUUCCUAAUCGAGGUUAUAAAGAGUAUAAACUUGAUGGGUAUUCUUCUUGGAUGAGGAAAAUUGUUGAUUCUGAGAAUUGGUUGAAGAUUAGGGUUUGUCUUGCUGAUUCUGAGUUUUGUCCUGAUCUUAAUCAGAUGUAUAUUGGUGCUGAUCAGUUCCUUAUUGCGCCCAUCUCCCCUAUUCAGUCAGGAUGUUGUAAGCCACCGACAAGUUGUGGAUACCAAUUUGUAAACCCGACAAUGUGGAUAAGCCCGUUUAAUAUGGGGGGGGAUCCAGAUUGCUCUGUUUGGAGCAACGACCAAAGGCAACUUUGCUACAAUUGUGAGUCAUGCAAGGCCGGACUAUUGGGAAAUCUAAGGUAUGAAUGGAGGAAAGUUAAUGUCGCGAUUAUGGUGGCAGUUGUGGUUCUUAUUUUUGUGUAUAUGAUUGGUUGUAUCGCUUUCAAGAACUCUCAAAAUGAGGAUCUCUUUCGCAAUCGUAAACGGGGUUGGGCUUAGUUUGUUUUUUUUGUUGUCCAAAGUUGAUUGAUUUUUUGUGUUCUUUCGUUAUUUAAGUUUGUGUUCAACCUCGACCCCUUGAUGUAUAUAAAAGUUGACUAUUAGUAUCGUUUUUCUCUAACAUUGUUUGCAACGAUAUUAUAUUUUAACGACGGUUGGUAAUUGAA